AUGAAACGUUCUAUAGAGGAGAUUUGUGGUUUCCUAAGGAGUAUUGGUGUAGACAACGCCACAAUAUUGAGAUUUCGACAAAAUAGGGUGGAUUCAAUAGCUGUGGAGAUAUUUCAGAAUACAGAUUUGUUAGAACUUGGACUUCAUGCAAUGGCAGAUAUAGCAAAGCUGAGACAUUUUUGCCAAAUAAAUGAUGAUUCUUCACCUAACGAUUCCAAUCAGUUUUCUGAAAGAUCGACAGAGAGACGAAGGCGACUCCUAGAAAUGAUAAGAAUGAAAGAAAACAAAAGUGGCAAAGCGGAUAAAGGAUCUGGACCAGGACGACCUAAGAAAACGACUAGGGCUCUGAAUAUUGGAUUCAGAAUAUUUACAGAAACUGAGAGGGAUGUUGAGGGGUGCCGAAUCGCUAGGACGGUGAAAGCGCCUCUGGAUGCCGUUUCUUGUGAUUUUACAUUGGAUGCUUACAUAACGGAAAAAAGAAUACCAGGAGCUAUUAGAUUUUACCGUCUUUGUUCUCCUAUAGACAUGUGCGCCAGUAGUGAUGAAAGCACUGACUCUAAUAUCGAGGAAUUACCAGUUUUUGAACAUUUAACCCCAAGCAGGGAAGUCAUGAUACGCCGAAGUGCCCCAUCCCGCCGUAUGGAAGUUUUGCAAACUCCAAAAAGUACAGAACAUGGAACCAUGUUCAUCUUCUUCUUCAAGGGAUCGAAAUACAGCGGAAAGGUAGUACGACUUCAGUACAGUAAAUUAGAAGAAUAA